UAGAAGAGAGAGAGCGCGCUAGCGAGAGACAGAAAUAGAAAAAGAACUGGUUCAAUUUAUAUAUGGAGACCGUCGAGGUUAAUUUAAUUGCUACAGACAAGUGAUUUGAUCAAGGUGUACCAUUUUUGUACAACUUUGACUCUAUUUUACAAUCGUGACUCACCCAAAUUUACAUACUCGAUAAAAAAAAAGGAAAUGCUUAGAACGAAGCUGUCAAAAGCCUGGAAAAUGCAUGGAACGACGUGGGACACCCCUCGGGAAUGGGAUUGGGAGCAAGAUUAUUGGUACUCGAAAGAUUGGAUUGAAGAGAUGUUUCGAGCGAAGCGAAUAAAUUCACCAAAUGGGGAAAAAAAGUAAGAGUGAACGAUGCUCAAUGUGAAGAUUGUAUGCGACGAUUUGAUCUCUGGAAAUCAACGCAUUUCCCACGUUCACAUCUGGCCUCUCUCGGCACAUUGUUGGGCAAUUGAAAAUUUCACACGUUCAAAUAGGUCCAGUCGAGCAUGAGAGAAAAGCUUGAAUUUUCGAGUGACGAAAAUGGAGAGUACGAAAUACUUGAGAAAGAAGAGGAGUGGGUAGAUUUGACGCUCGCGCUCCAGUGUUGGGAACAUUUUUAAUGAGGAUAGUUGAGAACGAGGGAACAAACCAGGCCACGAGUUCUCCCACGACUGACUCAAUUUCACGACAACCCGGGACGGACUUGCUGGUCGUGCGCGCGCUACGCGUUCCAUGGACCAUCGCGGCUCAACAGGAGCUACACUUUGCGAGUUUUUCUUUUCACCCCCGCAACGGGAGCCACGCGCUCCUCAAACGACUCAUAUUUCAUAAAUUAUCGAGAUACUCGUGCGAAAGCGAAAUGGUAUGUACGCUAGCAGGAAAAUUCUUCCUUUAAGAAUUCAUUGUUCCAUCGUUUUGUUCGCAAAACGACGACUAAUUCGAUUUUUUUUUUUAUCAUUCCCGCGUGUUGGAAAUGAACGGUGGAUUAUCGAUAAAUUUUACUCGCAUCUCGUUCUUUCGCAGUAACUUUCGCCACGCACGAGUGGUCCUCUCAUUCUGCACGAUAAAAGCUUUGUUUUGUUCUCUUCUGCUCCAGACCAUGAUUCGAUUAUACUCGAAUUUUCUAACUUAAAAAUAUCGCAUAUCGAACGAACGCUCCGGAAAAACGUUUUACUUUUUCAAAAUCAACCGCUACCUCUCUAACGCUCGUGUAAGGCCUCGGUCGGUAAGACCUCGUAUAGUCUUCAAUAUUCAUCAAUAUAUAUCUUUGAUAAUCCUUGUUUAAGAUUUACAAUUAUUUCCCAUCUGUCAAUAAAACAGUUGAAUAUCGACAUGUCUUAGGCGAUAAUAAAAUUGACUAAAAUAAACUAUGUUUAUCCAUGUACCCGUUGAACGUCAGAUUUCAAAGUCGCGCGCUACUUGACUGGAGAUAAAAUGGUGAUCUACACGUAUCUUCCAACCGACUGUCAUCAACGGCGAGUGCGAAGAUAAUCACAGAAAUGAGAGCACACAUUUUUUGCUCCUCAUAUUUCGUACAAUUCGACGAUAAACGGCAUAAAUUAUUUACUUGCUCAAAAAAUGUCAUCUACAACAAUAUAUCAGCUAUCCAUUUGGUUAUGACACGUGUCUCAUUACGGGCGAUAGCUCGCCGAGGCCAACAUUUGUUAUACUCAAAUGUGUAGUAGAGCACAUAAGUUACUAUGAGAGCUAACUGAUAUGAAUUACGAGUUUUUAGCUUGAUUAACCGAGUCAUUUCUCAGGUAAAUCGAGUUCAUGUCAAUUUCAUCGAUUCACAGUGCGAUAACGUUUCGCUAUAUGUUUAUUGAUAACUACUAAACACACAAAAUAUCUAUCUUUUCGAAUUUCAAUAAAUUUAAAAAAUUUUCGAGAUCCUUUAUUAGAUCGCAAUCUUCGCGUCGAUCCUCAUUCGGUUUUUCGAACCUUCCCGGCACCGUCCCUCUUUCAACGUAAAAAUUUUUCCCAGUUAUAUCGAUCAACAAUCAGCAUGCACCGCCUGCAGGCUAUUAAAAUUCUCUGCUGGACCAUUGUGUAUACUUUUCUCUAUUAUGGAAAGGUGACUACGGCUCAUGAUGCUGUUUUGCAUCACUUGCAAAUGGAUCCCGAAACCGAGUACCAGUUCCUGGGAGAAGAGUUUGUCCGGCAAUUUCGUAAGAGAGAUCUUGACAAUGCAACAUCGGUAAGAAUUCAAGCUUUGGGCAUAAACGUUGAUCUCCUACUGGAACCCGGAGAUUCGGUAUUAGCGACGUCCGAAACACCCGUCUAUUUCCUAAUCCCGAAUGCGAACAAAACCGGUGGAGUCGAAUACGUUUUGUACGAAGAUGCGAUGAAAAAGGUUGGGAUGCUUUUGAAGGAUCCCGAGCAUUUGGCUUCACUGGUAGUCAGCAGAGAUGAAAAUAAUCAAACGAUAAUUAACGGUCAAAUCACACCGAAAAACGACGGGGAUGCAACCCUGGUAAUCAGAUCUCUGCCCGAUCACAUUGUUGAGGAACAUUCAAGAAAACGUCGUUCGGCCGACGACUCGGCUACGCUUGACUAUCGUUCUAAGAUGUCUUACUAUGGAAAUCACAUUAUCGCCUCGUUGAAAAAACUCGAAAAGUUAAAAGAGCCGCACGGGCGGGAGCGUAAUGCAAGAGAUACGCCAAGGAUCGAGCCCGAAUCGGAAAUACGCGAGAACACAGAUGCUGGUGGCGAUACUCCGCUAGUCCCUUAUACCGGUACUAUUUAUCCAAAACUGUUGAUAACACUCGAUUCGUCAUCAUACGGUAAUCGAACGGAAAAUGAAUUGGUACGUAUACUCGAAUAUCUUUUGGCCUUUUGGAACGGCGUUGAUAUGUACUACCGUAAACUCGAAACUCCGAAAGUCAGACUCCAUAUUAGCGCCUUUGUUAUUGCAACGGAAAGGUCAUCAACCCCAUAUGUCGGCUGGUUCAAUCCAGGCGUAGUAAUAAACCACAUCGUUACAAAUUUAUUGGGAGCAAAAUUCUUUUACUCUGUGAAAGAUCAAAUACCUUUGAGUAUGUACGAUAUUUCCAUCACAAUGACAAAGUACAAAAUGCUAGGAACAACGUUAGGCGCAUCGGUGUAUUCCGGAGCUUGUCAAACUUCGGAUGUACUCCGCGUGAAAAGAGGUGUCGCCGUUGUACGCGAUCACGGUGUGUACGAAGGCAUUUUAACGGCCGCCCAUGAAAUCGGACACGUAUUAGGCUUGGAUGACGAUAAUGAUCAAUCGGAUGUGGCCUGCAAUAAAAAAUACGGUUUCGUGAUGGCAGAACGUACGGAACCCACCGUCAACUCGACGUCCUUUUCAAACUGCUCGAUAACGCGAUUCAAUGAAAUCAUUAGAAGUGGAAAUCUCAGUUGUAUGUAUAAGCGACCCGUAACGACGAUGCGACAUAGCGAUUUGCCAAGAUUAUUACCCGGAAAAAUGGCAGACUUGCACGAACAGUGCGAGUCUUAUGGCCCGGUUGGACCUUGUCCAUCGCCAACGGAUGACAUUUGCACCGUACUUCGGUGUACAAAAUCGAAUCUACUCGAUGCGUCGAAGCCUCCAACAUAUUGUGUGAAACUUAAUCAUGGGGCAGCGCCAGGAACUCCUUGCAUCAACAGAGAUGAUCAAAAACCUGGAAUUUGUCUUCAAAGUCGUUGCGUCAGUUUGUAACAAUAACGAAAAGACGUCGGUUUUUCGUGGUUUUCAUCGCUCGCACGCGAUUGCACACGGAUUGGAGAACUUUCGAUCGCUAGAGGACAAUGAUCGCACCACUUUUCAUUCUCUACCCUCAAAAUUCAAAGUCGUCAAACCUGAUUGAAUAUUAAACAGUGCUCUUCGUAUAUGUUACUGGGCUUGAUGAUAAUUCAUGGCGUAUGCAACGAGCAUGCGCAUAUGAUUUGUGAUAACAACGGCAGGUUAACUAUAUAAGUAUUUAUGAUAUUGUAAUUAAAGUAUUUUAUCAUUCAACAGAACGAAUAGAAAAAGGUUUUUCAAUAAACACUUUUUGGUCUUUCAACA